AUGUUCGGCAUUCUCGGUGUCUUUGUCGGUAUGCUCACCACCCUACUCGCCGUUGGCUUCACGAAGGAGCAGCUUGUUCAGGCUGCUGCGCUCACCGUUCUCGGCGGUGGUGCCGGUCUCGCCAUCGGCCGCCGUGUCUCGCCCAUGGCCCUGCCCCAGACCGUGGCCGCGCUGCACUCCGUCGUCGGUCUUGCCGCCAUGAUGACCUCGGCCGCUGUCGUCAUGGAGCCCGAGCACCACGCCGGCGGUCUCUCCAACCUCCUCCUUGCCACCGCUUACCUCGGUGUCCUCAUUGGUGGUGUCACCUUCACCGGCUCCAUCGUCGCCUUCCUCAAGCUCGCGGGCAAGGUCGGGUCGAAGCCUACCAUCCUCCCUGGGCGUCACGCCAUCAACCUUGGUCUCGUUGGCACGAACGCCGCGACCAUGGCAGCUUUCAUGACUCUGGCCCCUACUGCGCCGACCGUCGGUGCCGCGCUGCUCGCUGGUAACGCCGCCCUCUCGUGUAUCCAGGGCUGGACGACCUCGGCCGCCAUCGGCGGAGCCGACAUGCCUGUCCUCGUCACGGUGCUGAAUGCCUACUCUGGAUUCGCGCUCAUCGCGGAGGGCUUCAUGCUUGACAACAUGCUCCUGACGUCUGUCGGUUCGCUCAUCGGCGCCUCCGGUUCCAUCCUCAGUUACAUCAUGGCAAUGAACCGAUCGCUGACCAACGUCAUUUUCGGCGGCAUCGCGACCAACACGGCGAUGGAGGACACGACCAAGGGCAAGUCCGUCGUCAAGACGAACAUUGAGGAGGUCGUCGAUACGCUCCAGAACGCCGAGUCUGUCAUCAUCGUCCCCGGCUACGGCAUGGCGGUCGCCAAGGCGCAGUACGCCAUCAGCGACAUGGUCGCGAAUCUGCGCAAGAAGGGCAUCGAGGUGCGCUUCGGCAUCCACCCCGUCGCGGGCCGCAUGCCGGGCCAGUGCAACGUCCUCCUCGCCGAGGCGGGCGUGCCCUACGACGUUGUGCUGGAGAUGGACGAGAUCAACGACGACUUCAAGGACACGGACGUCGUCCUCGUCAUUGGCGCUAACGACACGGUCAACCCGAUCGCGCUCGAGCCCAACUCGCCGAUCGCGGGCAUGCCCGUCCUGAACGUGUGGAACGCGAAGAAUGUCGUCGUCAUGAAGCGCGGAAUGAGCUCUGGCUAUGCCGAGGUCCCGAACCCGCUGUUCUACUACCCGAACACCAAGAUGCUCUUUGGCGACGCCAAGAGCUCGUGCGACCAGCUCUCCAAGGGCCUGUCCACGCCCGAGGGCGAGGGCAAGUAG